GAGAAGACAGAAGACCUGAAGAGAGAGCGACGUCUUGCAGAAGAUCUCCUUCAUCAGAUGCUGCCCAAAUCUGUGGCCAAGCAGCUACGCCAACACAAACAUGUGGAAGCUGAGAGUUAUGAGAAGGUGACUAUUUUUUUCUCAGACAUUGUGGGUUUUACUGUGAUAUCAGCCUCCUGUAAUCCACUACAAGUUGUUGAGAUGCUAAAUAACCUCUACAUGUGCUUCGACACACGCAUUGACUCCUAUGAUGUCUACAAGGUGGAGACUAUAGGAGACGCAUACAUGGUGGUCAGUGGACUGCCGGAGAGAAAUGGAGAUAGACAUGCAGAUGAGAUCGCUAAAAUGUCUCUGGAUCUGGUGGCUGCGGUCAGACAGGUGGCGAUACCCCACAUGCCUAACAAACGCCUUCAGCUCCGAGCCGGCAUACACACAGGUCCUUGUGUAGCUGGCAUUGUUGGCUACAAGAUGCCGCGGUACUGUUUGUUUGGUGACACAGUCAACACAGCCUCUCGGAUGGAGUCCACUAGUCUGCCACAGAAGAUUCAUGCAAGUUCUGCUACAUACCUGGCACUCAUGAAGGACAAUGCGUAUGAACUGCAGUUACGCGGUGAGAUCGAAGUAAAGGGAAAAGGAAAAAUGGACACUUACUGGUUGAUUGGUCACAAAAACUACAGUGUUCAGAAUGACAGUUUGGUGUGUCACUGGAACCCCAAUAUCUCAAGAAAGAAAAAGGCCCCUGUGGGGAGCAACGUGUCCAUAGAGAAUGAUCAGAUGAAGAACGCCCUGAAGAAGUAUAAGAUCAGACCCGAUGACCAGGAGGAUGUUGCUGCUUACCGUACCAUCUGCGGCAACUAUGUAGAGAUUGUGUUCUAA